AUGGACGACGAUGGCGGCCAGCACCACCGCGGGAAACUCGAAGUCAGCAGCCCCGUGGCAACCGUGUUCGGAAUAGGUUUCGCUUUCGUUCUCCUCGCAAUCUUGCAUUUGAUCUACGUGGGCUGGUGCAAAAACACGGGUAAUAAUAACGGUUCUAAUAAUGGGACUCGAACUCGCGACCAUCGGCAGCGAGAGCCAUCGCCACCACCAUUGCCGUCGUCAUCGUCGUUGAAUAGCAGCGGCGGCACGGCGGUGCAGUUGGUUGUGACGGUGAGGUAUGGGAAAGAGAGGAAAGAGGAUGAGUGUGUGGUGUGUUUGAGCCAGUUCGUGCAGGGCGAAGAAGUGAGGGUUUUGGUGCAGUGUGGUCAUGUCUUCCAUGUUUCUUGCAUUGAAACGUGGCUGCGUUCACACCCUACUUGCCCGAUUUGCCGAGUCAAUACGGUUGCCGGAGGCCGGUGA